GUGACAUUGACUGGCCUCAGGCUUGCGAUGCAAAUGUGGUGCUUCAUUGUGUGAUCAUGUCGAUACUGAAAAUACCUUGGAUACAGCGUCGCUGUUUAAAAAAUGACCUGCACAAGCUCGGAGACUUCGCGUCACAGUACAUGAAAAAUGAGAAUAAAACAAUCCCACCCGGUAUUCGUAGGUUAAGUUACACAAGAGUAACUUACGCGCUACCUCCAAAUAGUGUAAUGAACGUUUUCAACCGUGAUCAUAAAUUAAUGCAAAGGGAACGUGCAGCUAGAGCCGAAGAUGUCGAGUUAUACGACUAUGUAAAAGAUGAGGUUGGUUACAGAUUGUCGGACAGAAUCUUUGACAUAAAACGCAGAUUUAAAAAAGCCCUCGAUUUAGGUUGCGGUCGAGGCCAUGUAUCAAAACACGUCCUCAGUGACAGCGUGGAGGAAUUAAUUCUGGCUGACAUGUGCCCCACUUGGUUAAAACAAGCUCAAACAACCGAAGGUGUCAAAGUCGAAAGAAAGAUCGUCGAUGAAGAAAAUAUGCCUUUCGAACCCAAUAGUUUAGAUCUAGUUAUAAGCUGUCUCAGUUUACAUUGGGUUAAUGAUCUUCCAGGAUGCUUUAAUCAAAUAAUACGCAGCUUAAGAAACGACGGCGUAUUCAUGGCUGCUGUUUUUGGUGGCGAUACUCUUUACGAGCUAAGGUCUUCGUUACAAUUAGCAGAAUUAGAGCGAGAGGGUGGCAUAUCGCCUCACAUUUCACCAUUUACCGAGAUCAGAGACAUAGGCAGUUUAUUAAAUAGAGCAGGAUUCACUAUGUUGACAGUUGACACCGAUGAAAUAGUUGUCGGGUUUCCUACCAUGUACGAAUUAAUGUGGGACUUGAAAGGAAUGGGGGAGAAUAAUGCAGCCCGAAAUCGUAAGCUUCAUUUGAAACGGGAUACGGGACUAGCAGCAGCAUCAAUUUAUGAAGAAUUUUAUGGGAAAUUGAAUGAGAAAGAUGGGUCGAAGUAUAUACCAGCAACAUUUCAAAUAAUCUACAUGCUUGGAUGGAAGCCUGAUGCUUCUCAGCCAACACCAUUGAAGAGAGGAACAGGCGAAGUAUCUCUUAAGGAUUUACACCGUCUUGACCAAAUAGUCAAAGAAACGAAAAAAGUCAAACUUAGUGAUGAAGACAAAUAACUAAUAUACCAAUUCUAUUUAUUGUAUGUAGGAAUAUAAAUAAUGUAUAAAACAAACAAAUCUUUCUGUUUACAUUUAACGUAUUUUUCUAACUUAAAAUUUCGAUUUAGAAUGUUAAUCUUCGAAAAAAUUUGCUAAUUGGCGACUUGUGAAAGUACUAGGUGAUACACUCAUAUUUUAUGAGGCUAAAAUAACGAAUUAUAUAUUCGCAAUAUUGGUUUAAGAAAGUUUUUCCUCCUUAAGUUUAUGGAUGCAUGUCAACAAGACUCGGUAAAAAAAUAUGCAUUUUGAAAUGUUCACCUGUAUUUACACAAUAUUAAUCCAUAUAGAGCUUCAAUGUAUUUUUCAUAAUUGUAUACUUUGUAUAUAUUACUCAUCCCCUCUGUCUUUGUAACUAAUAACACCCUUCUCGAUUAGGUCUGGAAUUUCUACCGCUAGCCAGGGGCCCAACUAAAA